AUGCAAAAACUGACGGAGCGCAUAGACGACCUGAAGCAGAGAAUCGCUGCUUGGGGAAAGCGAAUUCGGCGAUAUACCGAGAGGUCGACACGGUUCAACCAGAAUCGUCUCUUCCAGAGUGAUCAGAAGAGGCUAUAUAAAUCAUUGGAGCGACCAAUGGUAAGUGGAACGGGCCCAGUACCGAAUCAGGCCGACACGGUCGCAUUCUGGCGCAGCCUGUGGUCAGAGCCCGUAAACCACAACGAGGGCCCUUGGACGGAAGUUGUGGCGAGUCAGUGUGCGGGUAUUACGCCCAUGGACCCCGUCACCAUAACGCCGGAUGACGUAGCUGAGGCGGUCCGUAGGGCCCCGAACUGGAAAAGUCCGGGACUCGACGGGCUGCAUCACUACUGGCUGAAGGGGUUCGUGGUGUGUCACACUGUGCUCGCCCGACAGUUUCAAGAGGUUCUCAACCAGAAGUCGCUCCCGAGCCUCUUCACUACUGGGAUCACCCAUUUGGUUCCUAAAGGCCAGACGACUGGUCGCUGUAAUACAAUAGGCAAACGAGUUUUACUUGACCAAGCAACUCUAUCUGUGAUCCGUGAAUGGUGUGCACCUGAACCCGUAAACAACAACGACUAUGCAUGUCAGGCCUGCUGGGGCUUAGCUCAAGGGGUGGUCUUAGGUAGACGAUCUAUAGAUGAACCGAGACCAGUAGGUCACUUCACUGUUUGUCUCCGCUGUGGACGUUCGUUGUCAUCACAACGUGUUACUCACCAACUUCAAACUAAUUCACCUCGUGAAUUGAGAAUUUUUAAUGUUAUUCGAGAACGGAUUGUGCCACAAACUGUGGCGGAAACCAGUCGCAUAUGCCAUUCUUGUUGGGUGUUAGCAGACAGAGCUGCUGUUCAUAUGAUUUCUGGGCCAUCAACCUCCCCUAGACAAAAUACCAUGCCUCGAAUACAACCCCAGCUACUAGAUACUCCAAUUAUACCACUGGAAGAACAAUUGCAAUCUCCACCUACGCCUCAAACUAUGCUAGAAGCUAUUCCUGAACCUGUGCUUCAAUCUCUGCCACAAUCUAAAUCGACUAUUGUGUUACCAGACUACAUGAGGGCUAUUGAAACAGAAAGAUAUGCUGUCCUUAAAAGAUUCUUCUUCCUCGUUAUGCCUUAA